CAUAAACAGAACAAAAUGUCCGCCAUAUUAUAUACUCAGGACUCUGAACAGGAACAUCAUAAGACACAUGAGCUCCAACUGGAUAAAGACACAGUUGAGGGUGAUUCCUGUAACGGCAUUAGCGAUGAGCAAUUAAGUGGCCGCAAUGAUGGAUCUGCAAUCAGCCUAGAACUGGCGUCAAGUAUACCAAGCACACCUAGCACUGAGAGACAUCUUAAUGAUUCCUUAAAAAUAACUCAUCCCAUGUCUACACAAUUUGAGAGUGAUUGCGAUGCGCUGUUGGAAAGCAAAAUGGCAGCGUUAGACUUGCAUGAAGAAGGUGGCAGCAGCCAUUGUGAUGGCGGAAGUGAUAGUGGCCUGGACACAGCGACCACAAAGUCUGCAAUGACUGGCGUUGUAGGCGGCGACAGCAACAGCAACAGCAACAGCAACAGCAACAGCAACGACAGCAGCAGUGCCACUAAGAACAUUUCACUGCAACGUGCGUUGAGCAGCAAUAGCGGUGGUUAUGCGAGCAGCUCGGGCGGGCUGGAUGAAGUCAUCCAUCAGACGACAGCGUUGACAAUGACAAGCACUGCUGUCGUUCAAGGACUAAAUCUAUCUGGCAACUCUAGCUUGCUCAGUUGCGGCUCGGACGCGGUAAGCGCUGAGUUGGCCACAAGUAUUGCCACUUAUGGCGCUGUGUCUUCUGCCACGCAGAGCUUUGAGUGUUAUAGUGAAAAUGGCAGUGAGAGUUCGUCGAUGUUGGGUGGGGCCACUGUUGCAACAACGCCUGUGCGACGCUCGAACAGUGUUAAGACCAAAGUGCGUGUAUUUGAAUCCAGCCGCGGUGGUUUUGCCACGCCAAUGUCGCGAAGCAUGCGCGAGCGUGAUUGCAGCAGCACGCCGAUAUCCACAAACUCGACUUCUAGCAGCGCUUAUUUACACACUGGCAGUGCGACCACACCGCGUGCCCGCCCGGUGGGUGUAAAACGCACAUCAUCUUUGUCGCGCCACGUACCUGCAACAGCUGCGACAUCAGCACAACGUCAAACAGACAAGCAACAGUUGACCACUAGUGGAACCAGCAACUACAACAGUAAGACUUUAAUGGCAGCGCCGACUUCUACGUUGCGCUCCAGUACGGCGCGCACCACAAAACCGCAAAAGCCGGAUUCCUUGCCGAACACACUCAGCCGUACACAAUCCAUGAGCAUGCAGCGGUUGGUGCAGCGUACACCAUCGUUAAGUCGAGCGCGCACACCAUGUACGCCUUCAGAGGAUGGCCGUUGGCCUGGCAAUACUACGCGCACCUCCAGUGUUGGCGUAGGUGCAGCCAAGCGCGGUGUAUCUGUGACGCCUGAUUUGAUGUCACUAAAAAUGCGUUCCUCAAAUAUGAUGGCAUCGAUGGAGGUGAAGUCGUCGACCAGCUCGAACGCCAACUCAAAUCCUUAUAGCACGCUACCGCGUCGACGCAAACAAAAAUCUGUGGAAGACUUAACAGCGCCACAUGAGUCGCGCAGUAGUUCAAUAACACGCGAUGCGCGCAUGACUACGUCCUUAAUGGCAGGCACGCGCAGGAAUCUAGUCAGCGCGUUUGGCGCAUCGACACCACAAAGCAACCAAGCGCGAUCACUUAUACACACGCGCAAAACACCUGCGCAACCGCCUAAAACGCGCAUAUACCAUGAGACCAGUGUACAAACAGCGCUCACCGGCGAAGAUUUGGAAAAUGUGUUUGCGGGACGCGAGGCAGCAACGCGCGCCAUAGAUGCUGUCGAUCAACAGGAGCAGACCACACAGACUGAUAUGCGCGACGCUGAAUUGGAGCGAUUGCGAGAUGAAGUGCGACAAUUAGCGCAGCGUGAACACGAACUCAGCGUGAAGCUGCAACAUGAACGUGAAGAGAAACUAGCAACACAGCGUGAGCUGCACUUGAAUACGGAACGUGUGAUGAGCAUGCUGGAAAUGGCGCGAAUUGCGGGCCGUAGAUGUGGUCGCCCUGGCGGUAGCGUCAGCGGCAUAAGUCUGGAUGGUGACGCUACUACGCCAACGUCGGAUGAAGGUAGUGGAAGUGGACACGAUAGUUUGCUUAUGCUGGAGUCACAGAUACAAAUUAGUGGCCAUGAGUUGAUCGAGCGUCAACACGAGAUCGGACAGUUGCGUCAGCUAUGCCGGACGCUACAAUUAGAAAUGGAACGCUCGUUGGCGGCACAAGAAUGUCUAUUGCAAGAGAAGGCUGCUAUCGAGCAGGAGUCGAGCGAAUUGCAAGACUUUCUACAACACGAAAAAACAACAUUGCAUGAUGCACUAAAAGAACUCGAGCAUGAGCAUCAAGCCUGUAAGCAACAGCUGGCGGGGCGCGAAGAAGAGGUGAAAGUUUUGCGCGAUGAAUGUCGGCAUCUAGUGCGGCUUAAUGAGCAGCGAAGACAAGAGAAUCGCAUGCUACAAUCCAAAUAUGCAGCGCUAGAAAAUAAAUCCAAGGAAAUGAUGAUGCAGCAAAAUUAUUCGGUUUCAGGCGCCUCUGCUGCGCUGUCGGGCUUGCAUUCGCGUUUGGACAGUUUAGUUGAACAAUUGGUCUCUACCUACAACAUAACUGAGCAUGACCUAGAGGAUAUCGGCUUCCAGCCUGAGAUACAACAAAAUCAAAGCAACGCAUUGGAAAUGCGCUCAUCACAAAAUAUAGACGAAUGUCAUGGCCGUUUACAAUCGCACGCCAAUACAAAUGGUUUGGAGUUAUGUACGCAUUCCCAACAAUUCCUGCCACAGUCGAGUGAUGGCUCUUUGUCGCCACAAAGAAAUCAAUCAUUCAUUGCUGCCGUCAUUAGUGCCAUACGUAAUGCAACAACACCCUCUAGUAAAAAAUUGUUGACGCGGAAUGGAAAACGUAUUAGUAGUAUUGAUAACGCUGUUGGUGGUGGUGGUGGUGGUGGUGGCGGUGGUGGUGGAGAUCCGCAUCCACAGGGUACAAACAAAAGUAACAACAAUGCCAAUUACAACAACUAUAAUGGCGAUACGCAAAAUGGAGCCGGUGAUGACUCAGAUUCCACUGAAAUGCUCGAUUCGGAAACAGAACCCUGUCUAAUGAUGGAUAAUGUGCUCGAAGAUGUGACAAUGCCCGACUCUCAUUCACAUAAUAUGGUCUCAUCGUGUAAUGGCAUUAUUUCCCAAUUGGAAAUACCAACGGAGCUUGUUAAUCCUGCUUCUGGCGAUGAGUCCUUACAUAACUUAUCGCAGGCUAUAGUUAAUCGACAACAGAUGGAAUUACAGAUCAGCGCUAUGCAAAGUGUACAAAAGGCCGCAUUGCAGUUGAAUCAAUGUGAGCUUGAAAAUUCUGAUGAAGCGAGCUGUCACGAUUCAGUGGCUGAAAUGCCUUCGCUAAUGGAGUACUGCACAGCACAAGCCGUUGUUGAUCAGGUGAUAGAAGUCGAUAGUUUGGUGACUAAGUUGCUGAAAGUCCUGCGGCUCAUUCAAAUGGAUAACGACAGUUGCAUACAGCAACUUAUUGUUGAUAAGAAUAAGUUACAAGAAAAUAAAGAGGAUAUGUUGGAGAAACUAAAAGAUCUGCAGGAUGUCAACAUCAAGCUGCAGGACGAGCUUAUGGAUGCCACACAGGAAUUACUGUUGAAAAAUAACGAUUUGUCGAACACUAAAGCAGAAAUGCAGCGACAUCGCAACGAAAUCGAUCGUCUAACGCAGGACAUUUGUAAUUUGAGUACACUAUGCAGCAAUUAUAAGAAACUCUCACCGACAGUUGAGUUUUCACCUUUGCAACAGCAACUACUCUGCCCCAACACCGCACCAAGCCCAACACCAAUGAAUAACGGCACCACAGCUGAAGAAGGAAAUGUAGCCGAAAACGAUGCGGAUGACAUUUUGAGUUUGCUAAAAAUGUGGCAAACUGAAGGACAAUUCAAGCAACUCAAAAUACGAAACUUUCUUCUAAGUGCAGUUAUUAAAAAUCCCGAGUACAUGACGACGGAGCAAAGACAGGAGGACAACAGCAACAAUGAGCGUUUGCGUGUGUACGCCAACCAAUUGGAGAAUGUAUUAUCCGUGCUACAGGCAUGCGAGGCAACUACGCUUAACUAUGGGGAUUUGCAAAAGUUACGCUGCGACAUUGAGAUAGUCAAAGCGAAUGCUAACUGGACUAAUAUAAUUGUUGAUCGAACGGAAGUGAAUAGUAAUAGUGUUCAGCUAUUAGCAACUGACAACAGCAGUGGUGAGGCGGCGGAUGUGAAUGCCAAUGCAGCAGUGGCAGAGAUGGGAGUCAAUUAAUUUAGUAUAUCGUAAUUUAGUGUCCAUGAAUGUUUAACUAAAACACGGUUAAUCAAGUUGUCAACCAGUUGCGUCAACAGACAUAAAAGAACUCGCGCACGCCAUCCAAAGUAAAUUGUCCAUUUACCUUUAUUAACUACAGAUACAUAUUUACUUAGUAGCAUUACAUUAAUAAUUGCAAAUUACAAUAGAAAUUAAGUUGAAGAGUCCAGAAGAUUUAGCUGUGUAAGCCAAUAGUUUUGCUAUUUAGCUUAAAUUGAUAUUGCCGUCGAUAAUUGUUUUGUUUGGCUUUAUUGUGAAGAUCCUAAUGCGUUGUAUACAAGCGAAUAUGUAUACAGGCACAUACAUAUGUAUAUCUGUGGGCAUUUGAAAACACAACUCGCGUGAUUUUAGCUGUAUUGAUUCUGUAGUGAGAAAUAGUUAUGUAGCUUGUUAGUUAUAAAAUAAUUGAAACUGUGGCCUAGGAGAUCUUUGUAGAGCUUCGAUAAGUUCCUAACACUGGCGGCCCAAGAUACUAUCAGCCUCCCUAAUAAAUGCUUGCAAUAAAUUGGUAGACGAACUCCUGAUACUAAGGGAUUCGACUGCGGAAAAACUAAAGUAUUACAAUGUUGGUCCGGCCAAUACCGGACAACCAGACAUAAUAUGCUCUGACGUUUCCUCUUCUUCAAGACAAAGGCAAAGGAAGAGUGUCAAAGCGCCCCUUGACGAUCCCGGAGAUGAUUAUCUUUUUUGAUAAAGCCAUCAGGUCGACUCUAGUAGAGGUUGAGAGUGCUAAGACCUCGAUCAGAAAGAUUGUGGGCCAAAUGCUCAUUACAGCGGAGAGUUUGGUGCCAGUACCAUAGACAGCCGCACCUAUUCUGCCCUCCAUUUUCGAUUUGUCUGUAUACUAGCCUGCAUUUCUGAGAUCGAUUUGAGGUGAUCCAAUUGACCAGGCCUCACGGUCUGAAAUGGCAUUCUAAAGCACAUUUCUUUUAGCAUCUAGUCUGAAGUCAUCUUUACACAUAUACGUAUCUCCAAUGCGUGUGGAACUAUUGCUCAAGCACGACGUUAUAUUACGCUCACGAAGCAUGGCGUCGAUCCACCCGACAAUAGAGAUCUAUACCUCUUUGGACCAAAGCCCUGAGAUAAAUCCGUAGCCAGUAUAUAUUAUCAAAAGUAUCCUCGAUGUCUACGAAGGGACAUAGAGCAACCUCCUUGAAAUCGAGGACUUUUUCGAUCUUAUCUACUAAUAAGACUCUAUAGAGCGGAAUGCGUUAAUUUCCGUUUGACGGAGUGUAUUGUGUAAAAAAAAACUGCCCUAAGGUUGGGUUCGAUCUCAACAAUAGCUGUUCGGCCUUUCUAUAGUAGGAAGCACCGAUUUAAUGGUUUAAGCGGGAAGUGGCAUAACUUGACUUGAGUUGUUCUUCCAAGUGUCCAUAGAUACGUAAUAUAUUCUAUGUGUAUUUACUCGUAUAUGCGAAUUUUCAGUGAACUGAAAGAUAGUGAGUGACUCAAACAAAAGACCAUCCAGAUUUUUGGCCAUUUAAAAAAACCAAUAAUUUUUAAGCAAACAAAAAAAAAACAACAACCGAUUUCAAUGCUCAUAUGUAUAAAAUUUUGGAUUACCAUUACUUUCUUCAUGAUCUAAUGUUUAAAUAAAAAAAAACAGUUAUUAAAAACGGUUCAUGGAGUCCGGCAUAAAAAAUUAUUCCGACGAAUUGAUAACUCCUUUUUUGUAGCCAGUUAAAAAUUGUAUUAUUUAUAAAGUAUUAUACAUACAUAGUAAGGAUAUAUUUUGGUGAUUCUCAAAGAGUCAUAAUAGUCUAAUGUAUAUAAUUUUUAGCACCUAAAAAUAUGUAUUUAUUUUUCAAAAUUUUUGACAUUAGGCAAUCUGCAUCACUAUGACGCCUUGUGAGUCUCCUCAAAAUGCAGGCUAUACGAGAAGUGUUGUAAAAUUACUCCCAUAUUUUCCAGAUUUAUGCUUUAAAAUGUUUUAAGAAUAAAUUCUUUAGGUUCGUGUUAGUUUUAAUUCAGCAAAGGUAGAGCAAACUCUCACAAGUAUGUUGUACAAAUGUAGUGUAAUGUAAUAUAUUUAGGUAUACCACGAACAAGGUAAAAAAAAUUCCAAAAUUGCCUAAGCUCAGUUCCCCAAUGUGAUCAUUUAUGAUCACUAACUAAUGAGCAUUCUAAAAAUUCCUUAUAGCGCUUAUGAGAAAAAUAUAUAUUUUUCCAAGUUAUAUUUUUAUGUAUGUAUGUAUGUAUGCAUUUGAAGGGAUAUAAGUUUUAUGUUCUAGAAAUCGUUAGGCUGAUUUAGGUUAGGUAAAGUAGCCUGGCAUAAUUCCGUUUGUAUAAGUACUACUUACGUACUUAAACUAUGCUAGUAUUUUUGCAAUGGGACGGUAUCUAGCUUAGCGUGCAUUUUUUGAGAGAAGGGUUUCUUAGAAUACGAAACUGAGAAGCCUGAAGAAAUCGUAUUUGAAGCCUCAUCGACUUCUAGGUUGUGAGUGGAUUAAAUUAUUGAAAAAAUGCUACAAUGGUCAGAUACUCUAUAAAAUUCCUGCAGCGCGAAUUUCUGGUAGUCGCCGCUACCUCUGAAACUAAUGUCCUAUACAUGUAUCUGAUCUUCAGUCGCUGCUGUCCGAUAUCGGUAAUUUAUAGGUACUCACAAUAUUUUUAUUAAAUCUUUAUUUCGUUCAAAAUAAUGCCAUGUCCUUUGCCCGCGAAGCGCAUUCUUUCAGAGGAAUUGAAUUUAAUCACAAAUAAGAACGUUUUUCCUUUUAAACUCAAAUUAUAAAUUCAUUGCUAGCGUAAGUAUAGAAUGAUUUGGAUUCAAUUAAAAAAAAAA